GCUCGGAAAGGCGUGUCUAAACUUUGAACUGUGGUCCCAAUGAGAGAAGGAAGGAGCGCUGAGCUAACCCUCCAUUGUCGGCUCGUUGCACGUCGUCAGUAGAUUCACACAGCAGUUGAGGAACGUGACUGAAAAUGACAGACCUACAAGCUAACUUUGAUGUGGCUGCAGCUGAAGUAAAGCAGCUAAAGGCGAAACCAUCUGAUGAUGAGAUGUUGCUGCUCUAUUCCUUGUUCAAGCAAGCCACCGUGGGAGAUGUUAACACAGCUCGUCCUGGAAUGCUUGAUUUUACUGGAAAAGCCAAGUGGGAUGCCUGGGAGAAGCAGAAAGGCAAAAGCAAAGAGGAUUCCAUGACUGAGUACAUCAAGCUGGUAGAAGAGCUAAAGCAGAAGCAUGGAAUCUAAUCACUGCCAACGAGUCAGGACGGCUGCUGCACAGAUUUGGACUUUGUCCAAUAAUUUCUUCCAAUGAACCUGUUUAAACACUAUUUUAAUAAAGCCGAGGAUCUUCUACUUAUAAUGUUUAUGAUCAGUAGCAUGAAGUUCUCCUAAUGUUGCAGUGUUAGUUACAAAUUGCCUCCAACUUGCUAUUUAGUGUUAUUAUAAUGUCCAAUGUCAUUUCAAAAUAAAAUAACUCCUUAAAACAA